UCCUUCAGUAGUCCCUGCUGAGAGCACGAGCUGCUGUGUUGUUUUGCUCUGGUGCUGGUUUGCUCUCACCGUCCCUUCCCGGAGCCUGGCUCUAUCGGGUCCCGCGCCUGUGUUGUGACACGUGGUAACCAGAACCAAAGAUGGCCAUGAAGUGAGAUCCUGCAAAGUAGCUGACAGAACGGGAAGCAUCACUAUUUCUGUGUGGGAUGAAAUGGGAAGACUCAUACAGACAGGGGAUAUUAUUCGUUUGACCAGAGGGUAUGCAUCAAUGUGGAAAGGAUGCCUGACACUUUAUACUGGAAGAAGUGGUGAACUUCAAAAAAUUGGAGAGUUUUGUAUGGUGUAUUCAGAACUGCCAAAUUUCAGUGAGCCAAACCCAGAUUAUAGAGGACAGCAGAACAACUCGGUACAAAAUGAGAAGGAUAAAGUGAAUGCUGGGACAUUUGGCCCCUUUGGAAAUGGUGUUCAGACUGGGACUGAUUCAAGAGGAUAUCAUCUUCCAUAUACUGAUAGAAGCUGUGGCCGGGAGCACAUCAAUUUUCCCUUUCCAGGAGCUCGAAGUAGUCAAACAGUCAUGACCACAAUAAACAAUGCCAAGGAUCAUAGGAGAGCUUUUAGAAUAUGACCGAAGCCAAUGAGACUCAUGUAGUUUUUAAACUACGUGCCUUACUUGGACACUUAAUGCACUUUUUUUUAUUAACUGUGAAAAGCUGGUCUCUUACAGGUUACCUGUUACAUUUUGGGUUUGUUAAAAAGAAUGACUGAUUUUUACUGCACAGUGUUGAGCUGCUCAUUUCCAUCCUGUUGCAGAAUAGGAACUCUGAAAGUGGGAACAUUUAUAUUUUAGAAAGACCUUACUGAGUAUCACCUGAAAACUUUUUCCUGUUUCAAGGGUGAGCUACUUAUGACACCAGCAUUUGCCAUAACAUUUCAUGGGAAAUGUUCUUUUGUUUUAACUGGGAUGUGGCCGGCGGAAGUGAUAGCAGCCCCAAGCAGAAGCCUGGCCCAUGCUGACAGUGCUUUGAGUGCUUGUGGUCCAGUGAUGACUGACUUCUAGAGUGACUGGCCUGCCAUUGAGAGUGUCCACGGUCAGACGCACAGCCUACAUUCUUGUUUAGUUACCACACUACUAGACUCUUCCCAGAAUUGUGCAAUACAAUGUGUACUAUUACAAGUAGUUUUAGAAGAAAACUGUUAGAUAAUGCUCUUAAUAUUUGUUACAUACAAACAUUAAAAUUAUUCUUAAGAAAAA